AUAUACCCUUCAUUUACUUAUUAAAUAUAAUACAUAGUUGUAAUCAACGUGGUCAUUCCACUUGAGGAACAUGAAAAGUUACGCCGCAUUUCUGAUGGUGUCUUAUGUAGUCUUCCUUUCAAUGGGAAGUGUAACUAUGCAAACAUGCUCGCCAACUUCACCCUGCACUCCACUUAAAGGCGGCCAGGCCUUCCGGGAACCCCGACAGGUGAAAGCAACAACUAGUGCACCUCUCAUCUAUACCAUGACUGUCGGCAUUGCUGACUUCACUGUAGACUGGUUGACGGUGAAAAGACGUCUUUAUGACGGGGAAUUCCCAGGACCGACAUUCACACUUAAACCCGGAGACAAAUUUAACUUGAAUUUGAUCAACAGUCUACUUCGACCAGAUAUUACAGGUCCCGAAAACACAUUCCGUUACCCUAAUACUACUAAUAUUCAUACCCAUGGCCUCCAUAUAAGCAGUAAGAGCCCCCAGGACGAUGUUUUGAUCGAAAUUGGCCCGGGUGAAUCAUUCCAAUAUGAGUAUGAAAUAAAUGCACGCCAACCAGUAGGCACAUAUUGGUACCACCCUCAUUUUCACGGGAGCGUUCAUUUUCAGAGCAUGGGUGGUAUGGCCGGAUUAAUUAUAGUUGAAGACGACCCCGCAACAAUGUCCACCGAACUCGCGUCCGUGUCCUGCCCUGGCAAUUGCGAGCACGAUGUGCAGAUUCUACUACAAACGUUUCAAUAUUCACCCGAAGAAAGAAGUGGGCACUCUUUCCUACAACGAGAAAUGCAUGACGACAAAUCAUUCAGACUAAACUCUGUCAUCUUAACGGAUUCAUCCAACUUCACAAACUUGGAACAAUGGCUGGAAGAUGCAGACAAUGCCAUUAAGUAUACAUUGGUAAAUGGUCUGCUGAAUCCUGUCAUGGACAUGGAACCCGGUCAAAUGAAACGAUUCAGAAUAUUAGAUACAGGUGGCUUGUACGCGGUUGCUCUGCACAUUGAAAACGUUGAUCCAAACGGACCACGAUGCACAGUGAAAGAAAUUGCAAUGGACGGAGUAUACCUCGACCGACACAGAAGCCCUUGGCUUGGUCGCACCUUUCUUGUAGCGGCAGGGAGAGUCGAUUGGUUGGUUUUAUGUCCUGAAAUCGGAACUUACGAACUUCGUUCGUCAUUUUUUGAUAGCGACGAAGAAUCUAUGGGAGAGCACCCUAUUUCAAUCGGAACGUUUAUGACCAUCAGGGUUACUGGGGUUCGACGGAGUUCCAGGCUUCCAACUACACUACCACAGCGACAGGAUUUCGUUUCAGAUCUCCGCCAAGUUACGCAAGAGAACAUAAAGGGUCGUUUCGUGGUAGAGGUCACGCCAACGGACACUCUAAACAGGGAGGAUUAUUCCGGCGUUUAUUACCGAUACAAAAUGGAAGCAAACACGAUUCAGGAGUGGCAUUUGACUAACACGGAAAUGUUCACAUCCCAUCCUAUACAUAUGCAUAUAAAUCACGCUCAGGUCAUCAGUUACAACCCGUACACCGGGCCGUACGGUGUUGACGAUGGCCCAUCAAAAUGGAAACUCUUUAGUCAGACUGGCGAAAUAUGCACUUAUCAGUUCAAGGGAUAUGAUGCAAGUGCGAUUAUAUAUCCCCCUGCAAAUGCAUUGAAGUAUCUGGGACAUGACAUACGGCAAAAAAGACGUGGUACAAACAAUACCAUAGGUUAUGUCCCGCUCGGCGAUUGGAGGGAUACCAUCCUCGUUCCGCCACUUGGAAAUAUUACGGUUCGUUUCAAUACGCAUGAGUACACCGGCGAUGUCAUAAUUCAUUGUCAUUUACAAGGUGAUGCAGACCACGGCAUGAUCAUGUUUGUUCAGAUUGUAAAUAGAGGAGAGAAUACAGAUGCGAAUAUCACUUCUGGUAACGCGAAUCCAUCGUCGUGCUUAGGAAAUUUUGCAACCAUUGCCACUUUAAACCGGAUUCUCAUUAUGUCUUCUAUGUUGGCAACCAGUUUCAGUUCUUACUAUUGAUAAUUUAACAUUCAACUUCAAAUGGUUCAAUAAGUAUUCCUGUACAUAUUCUAUAGUUUUCUUAUAAGUAUUCCUGUAUGUAUUGUAUAGCUCUCUUAUCGGACACGCGGUUAAAAAGACUUUCAUGUGAUACCGACUAUCAGUGCCUCGCCACGCAAAGAGAAAUUAGUUUUCUUGUACUUCGUUUUGUACGUGGCUGUUAACUCCAACAAUUUUUGCUGACUGUCCAGCGCCACCGUCUGACUGGUUUAUAUAUUGCCUUUCUCCUGUUUUUGCUAUGCGAACGCCGUCUUUCUAGACUACGUUAUCACUAUCAGUAUAGGUUAGGGUCUUUUGCAUGGUUCUGUUACUAUCGCCAUUUUAGCGUAACUGUUUAAGAUUUAGUUAUUAUGUGUUAGGUUAGGCUAUUAACAUAUUGUUCUAUUUGUUGGCAACUGAACAUAACUGUUUUUUACCUCUCUCUUUGUGGCUCUUUUUUCGUGUUUGGCUUUCUAUCUGGCUUUUGGUAAUCUGGCUAAUUUUGCUCUACUUUGGCUAUUGUUGAAAUCGGGAAUGAUCUGCUCAGUUAUGGUCAAUACAUCUGUACAUAUUCGUCAA